AUGGCUUCCCAUCUAUCUGCGCUGGUGCGAAAGCCACCAAAGCUUGGAAACAAAAAAGUAUACUUACCUGACUUUACAAUCACCCUUCUCAAUACGCCCCAUAGCCCGCCAACAUUUGCAUCCUUUGUUGUUCCACUAAAAUUUAACAAGCUCGACAUGCGUGACUAUCUUUGGAAUAUGUACAACAUUCGAUGUCUUGAUGUGCGAUCAUUUAUCAUACAACAGAAGCUCCAAUUCGAUCGCCCUGGAGCGCUGCGACCUCGUAGAGAGCCAUUCAGACCAAGAUCGGUCAAGCGUAUGACCAUCGAGAUGGAAAAGGGGUUCGUCUGGCCCAAAAUGGGGGAUCUAUCGCAAUGGGAUCACGAGACUUUCCUAGCAUCAGAGAAGGAACAAGAAGAAUUCCAAAACGACAGACAACCAUCUGCUCGCCAGAACCCCUCAAAAGAAAGAGAAAGCCUUGCACAACAAGCCAGAGAGCUAAUAAAACAAUCUCAAAGACAGAAGGAGGAAAUGUUAAUCUCUAAAGAUAACUUGGAAGAAGUCGAGGUUGAGGCAGAUAUCGACUUGAAAGAGGAUUUGAGUAAUAGGUGA